AUGGACAGCGCAGCCGAAGAGGUCGUGGGGGCCACGGUGGUCACGCGCGAGCUGCCGGUUUACCACAUCGACCUGGACCUGCAGUACGUCGAUGACUCGGCGGUGGAGGACUUUGGCGCGACGCUGGGCAAGUCGCUGUUGAAUGUGGUGUCGUGGACGCUGUCGUCGACGGGCAAGAGCGGCCUCACGCCCGAGCUCCAUCAAGAGCUCGAGGGCAUCUCCAAGUACUACUUACGCACCUCUGCCCCAUGA